AUGAAGCUAGAUGAAUUAUUUGGUUCGUUACGAACCUUUGAACUUCACUUGGGACACACUAGAAACAGAAGAAAACCUGGACUGGCACUAACCUCAGUAAAGGAAGAGCUCACUGAAGAACGCAAAAUGCGUAAAAACAACGAUGAUCUUACAGAAUCUGUUGUCCUACUGACAAAGCAGGUUGCAAAGCUCAAAAGCCAACUGUAUCGAAAGAAGGAACUCGAACGAGAAAAGAGAAAUGAUCUCUUAAAAUCUGAGAAGAAUGACGAAGGAAUCAGAUGUCAUGAGUGUGAAAGAUUUGGUCACAUUCAAUCUGAGUGCGCUACCUUCCUUAAACGUAAAAAGAAGAGCUUGGUAGCCACUUUUUCAGAUGAAGAAGACUAUUCCGAAAGUGAUGAUGAAGAAGUAGAAAUGGCCUUGAUCAGCAUUAGCACCAUGAAUGACGAAGAAGCCGCGACAGUCGGCCGUCAAGCAUUUGACCAGCUAGAACCAACAAUUAAUAAAUGCCUAACCGAUGGGUCAUUCGAAAGGAAGUUGAAGGAAGAUCAAGAAAUUAUCCUACAACAACAAGAACGGAUACAAUGCCUAGUGGAAGAAAACCAAAGCUUUCUAUCAUGUAUAGUAAUUCUAAAAGAUGAAUUAAAAAAAACCAAGAAUCAACUUGAAGAACUUUCUAAAUUCGUAAAGAUUUUGACAAACGGGACUAAAAAAUUAGAUGACUUGCUUGGCCAAGGAAGAAGUGUUGAUGACAAAAGAGGCCUAGGCUUUGCUGGAAAGAAGGGUGCAAUCAUUAGGACUAUGGUAUUCGUUCGAGAGGGUACCUCUCAAGAUAGUCCAACAGAUUGUAAAAAGGGGAGAAUUACUGAAGGUUUUAGCCCAUUUGCGAAACGUUUGAACAACCGAAAACGAAGAAUUUGUUACUUUUAUGGAAAGAGUGGUCACAUUUGGUCGUACUGUUAUCAACUCUAA